AUGACCAAGACGAUAGGCCGGCGUUUUGUGGACAUCGGCCAGAAAGCGCGAGGGCGGAUGGCUUUGCGCUACGAGCUGGAGGUUAUACCAUAUCUUUGCGGCGACCUCCCUGACGGCGUGACGCACUGCUCGUUUGCGUGGGAGCGUGGAUCUAAGGUCUUUGUAACAGAGGCGGAAGCUGUCAAUCCGAACACACACGCAGUCUUCUGGAAGCAAUACCUCCGUCAGACAGCCACAAUGUACAAAGAGCACACAGAGCUGCUCCCCAAGGAUUACGCCUUCAAAGUGCAGUCGGUCAAGCCGGGGUCCAAGCCCAGCGAGGAGAAGCGCAAGACGGUGGGCAAGGUGCAUGUCAACCUGGCGCAGUUUUGCUCAGAGGCGCUGGACGCGCAGCCGCAGGAGGUGCUGCUGCACCUCAAGCCCUGCGGCAAGCUCAAGGUGUCCAUCAAGGCCACUUGGCUGCGGAAUUCGGCUGUGGACUCGGAUGCGCUCACGGAGGUCACCGGGGCGUCCCUGUACGCGGACAGCCAGCAGGGGGAGGACCACGAGGAGCAGCAAGAGGGCGAGCAGGAUCUUUCCGGCUUUGACCCGGAGACGGGUGAGCCGCUGCCGCACGCCCAUCGCAGCCGCCGUGGCGGCGGCGGCGGCGCCGCCAGCACGAGCGGCGGCGGCGGCGGCGUAGAGGAGUACGACGAGUACGGCGAUCCGAUUCCAGUGCGGAAAAGCAAGAAGCACAGGCGGAGGCGCCGCAAUCGAACACCCGGAGAGGACGGCAUCCCGGAGGAUACGGAAUCCGUGUACGCCGGUCAAGGCGGCGAGGAGGGCGCACAGGAGUACGGCGACCGAGGUGGAGGAGGAGGAGGUGAAGAGGGCGGAGAGCAGGACGGCGACAACCGCUGGGGCGGCGAAGGCGAGGGAGGUCGUCGGCGCGGCAAGGCCGGCUCACGAGCAUCUAAGGGCGAGGGUCGCCCUCGGUUGCAAGUGUACGGCGCUCGGCCCAACGGCAGUGACUCGGGAGCCGGCGGUUUGGUUUCGUCGGGGGGUUUGCAAAUCGAGGCAGGUCGGCAAAUACACAAGGCUGGAUGGCGGGACUACCUGUGCUGUUGCCUGCCGCGGCGGGGGCUCAGCGAGGACCCGCUGGAAGGGGACAGCUUGUUGACCAGGGGCGCGGUGCAGACCGCAGGAAGAGGCGCCAAGAGCUCGGGGAUGAAGGGCUAUAACACGACUUCGAUCUGCAGCAGCAGGGAGUAUUGCACUGCAUAG